CUCAGAGCAUCCCAAACCCCUAGGAAUCUCCACACUCCUGCUGCUGGCAAACUUGUUGUGUGCCAACCCAGAAUGUCUCAGCAGAAGCAGAAGCAGUGUCCUCCACCCCAGCAGUGCUGCCCUCCACCCCAGCAGUGCUGCCCUCCACCGCAGCCAUGCUGCCCUCCACCCCAGCAGUGCUGCCCUCCACCCCAGCAGUGCUGCCCUCCACCCCAGCAGUGCUGCCCUCCACCGCAGCCAUGCUGCCCUCCACCCCAGCAGUGCUGUCCCCCACCCCAGCAGUGCUGCCCUCCACCCCAGCAGUGCUGCCCCCAACCCCAGCAGUGCUGCCCCCCACCCCAGCAAACUAAGCAGCCAUGUCAGCCUCCACCCAAGUGCAAGGAGCCCUGUGCACCCAAGGGCCAACAGAAAUGUCCACCCCCUCAACAGUGCCAGAAGUCCAAGCAGAAGUAAGACCUCAACAUGUGACCAGAGGCUGAGCCUUCUGGGAAGACAGAGAGCAUGAAGUUCACUGCCCCUUUCACACACAGCCAUUGGUCAGCGCCACUCACCCCCAGCUUCAGACUGCAGCCACUGUUCAGGAAAAGACAGCACCAGGAAGGCGGCUUCUUCAAGCUCUAUCUCUUACUAAUUAGCAACUGCAAUUUGCACCUCAGACAAGGAUCUGAUUCUCAACUAUCUACUCAUCCUUACUGACAUGUAUUUACAUCACUAUGUCUGCUUCUGGGGAGCUUAAGCACCACGCUGAACACCUUUCUUACCACCCUCCCUUUCUGCUCCUGUUUUCCAAACAAUUAAAUGGAGUUCCUCUGGCA